GUUUCAAUUUUAGUUAACGAACGACUACAUACGAGCGCAAACGAACAAAAGUAUCUUUUAAAAGGCGUUUAUUGACUUUCUGCAAAACCAAUUAACUGUUUUUUAAAAUGGAGUGGUCAUUGAUUUGGAUAUUUUCAAUUGUGAUUAAAGCAUUGAAAUUGAUUCUUAAUUUAUCUAUACUUAUAAUUUAUCGUGUUGGCGCUGGAGGCUACUUUCUGGGAGUGGGUGGCACAUGGAAUCUUUGGGAAGAGAAGAGCGCAGGUUGUGAAAUAUUCGCUUCCGGCGUUUUCAUUGGAUUCAUUGUUUAUACGGGCGUACACACAAUUGCUUACUUCUUUGGACCCAACAAGUACAAACAUGAACUCACAGACACCAUGAUGAAUGUGGUGGGCACCUUCUUGUGGGCCCUAGUUGGUGGCAUUGCACUGCACUACUGGGUCGGUUACAUGGACACAAGCGACUACUCCUAUUUGGGAAUUCAGCAUGUGCCAGUUAGUGCGGGUAGUGACAAGCUGGUUGGCAUUAUAAUGGGAUCGCUCUGUAUACUCGAGGCAGCUUUAUAUUUGGUGGACACCGUAAUKAGUUGCCUGCACUACUCGAAGGGCGAUACUGACUAUACUGGUGUGGCACGUUAGUGCGGCCAAACUAAUUUCAAAAACACAUUUGUACAAUAAUGAAUUAUUUGGUGACAACAAACUUGUACAAAACCGACAAAUUUGAAAAAAUAUCUAAAGAUAUCGAUGUCUAUACCAAUAUAUAAUUAAUUAUUAUAUUUUUUCUUUAAAUAUUUCGAAUCGGAAUACUGAAAUGUCAAGACCUUUUCUUUAAGUUCAUUGUAGCUCUCAUCUAUAGCAAUUAACAACUAUUACGUAACAGUACAAGCAACCUGUGAGGCUUGCGUUUCCGGUAUUCCAUAAUCUGUACAAUAGAUUUUUUUUUACUUUUUUGCCAAACAUUUCAAAUACAUAUUAUUUUAAUAAAUCCAAAACAGAAACUACA